AUGGAAGCAUUCUGCAAAAAGCGUUCCCUUGACCCCAAAUCAAUGCAAUUCACGUUUGAUGGCGUCGGACUCGAGAAGAACAAAACUCCGGAGGAGCUUGGAAUGGAAGAUGGUGAUGAGAUCGAUGCCCUUGAGCACUUUGAACGUGAACCAUUGGAUAACAGCAGUAAAAAAAUCUUGCCAGUCCAGCCCAUUAGCCUUGGUGGCACUGGCCAGGGUGCUCUGCAGCGUGGGACAUUGCUUGCAACUGGCUUGCGAGCAUAUGCAGCAGAUCCUGACCUUCAACAAGAAUGGAUGAUGGUUAAGAAGGUUAACAAAAUGAGGCUCGCUGAGUACAUUGAAUCAAUGAGUGGUGUGAAGACAAAGCGAAUACACAAGUACAAAAAGCAGCUGCUAAAUAUCUUGGCAUUAUCCAUCGAUAUGACAAUAUCGAGGUAUAGCCGUUCGGCUAUACUAUUUAAAUAUAUUCCAACGAACACGAAGCUUGCACUCGCAAAGGACGGAACUUGCACUCGCAGUCGUUGCUUCCUCCUCCGGGGUUCGGCACCAAGAAAAGACCCAAUCCGCCUGGCCGCCUUGCUCCCGCCUAGCGACUGCCUAGCCGCCCAGCGACCGCCUUGCCGCCUAGAGCCCGCCUAG